GCUUUCUCCACAGCCAAACAGCACGGGAAGGAAAAAAGUUGCAAAACGGUGUUCUGAGCCGCAAACGACACGAAUUCCGUGCGUCCAGUGUGGAGCAAACUCUUUUUACUGAGAUGGUUCUGCGAUUGAAUGACGACGAUCAUCCCAAUGAGUUUAUCUCGUUCAUUUCCUCUCUGAAAAGGGAUACUGAAGAAUUGGCGCGUGAGUAUCUCAAACGGAUUGCGGCAAUGGCUUAUCCGAUCAUGAAAAAGAAUGGUCUGGGUCUUACUUCGUUGGACGAAGCAGCAUACAAUGCCAAGUUUUGGGGACGAAACUGGAACAAGGGAGAAUGCGUCGAGCUCGUUCUCCAGGAUGCUCGAGGCCAUUGGCUCCCAUUUGAAUUUGUUAUGGAUGUGUUCUUGCACGAAUUGUGCCAUGUAUGGCGUUCUCCCCACGACGCUGUGUUCCAUAAGCAUUUGGCUGCCCUGCGUCAAGAACUCGUAGUCCUCCUGAGUAAAGGCUACAAGGGUGAAAAGAAAUACAUGACGUGGGAUCGGUUUCCGCUAGCUUCAGUCGUAGGCAGCAUGGCACCUAUGCACGGAGGUCCCACUUCACUGCAACAACGUUCUCAUUUAAGCCAAAUCGAACUGUGUGGAGGCUCACUUAGUCGCCGUCGGCGGCGUUCCAAAGCUGCAGCUACACCAUCGACAAAGGGCAGAAAGUCAACUUCGUCGUCUACUCGACAGCAACGAGUUCGCAAGCCCAAGCCGAAAGGCGAGAAGCUGGGUCGCGAUCUGGGUUUACGCGCAAGUCUGCUGCAGUCAACUGCCAAACCACAAGCCCAGAGCUCUCGGGGCCGUGAGGCUCGUGUCGCUGCAGCUCUUUUGCGAUCUCAAACCGACAGUGGCACUCAAAAGACCUUGCAAUGGCCGCACAAAGAGCCAAACUCGUCACUGAUCUGACGAAACCGUUGUAUGACACAUCCCGUGCGCCAGUGAUCCCACUGCCACUGCUACACUACCACUGCUACCACUAUGUACCAUUACUCCUAACAUGACACGAGUGCACCGCACGUCGCAUCCCUUCACUACACUCGCUUUUCUCACUAACCUUUGUUAACCUGCACUAACGUGCGUUGCCUCUCUCUACCCUGCGUUAUAUCACAUUUAGCGAUGCCGUGCGAUGUACAGCAUCGCCACGCAAUUUAUCGGAGUUUACGUUGCGAAGCAGCACGUUACUACCCUUCGUGAUAGAGGGCAGUGUCGCGUCUUCAACGCGUGUACAGCCCCCUACGACAAAGCCAACCGUGGCAGCAAAACUGACGUCAACCGCGUCACGUUACCUGUCCGCUGACCAACUCGACAGUCUGUGUGUCUACGAGAACACAGGACAGCGUCUGUGUGAAUUCCGGCACGUGUAGCUUUACCCGCAGGGGCUGCUAGUACCGUAGCGGUAUUCAUGACGCUGUUUAGAACGUUACAGUGAGAAGUGCGCAUGUUUAGCUUUCUCAGCUCGAAUGUCUCGCGCGUCGCGAAUUUAGAAGCUCAGCUACUUGGCUUUGAUUGGCCAGCGCAUUUGGAGGAGUGCCGAUCCUCCUCCCUUGACCCGAGUUUGCUAUUUUUAAAUCUUACGUCGCACCUACGUCAUGCUCAGCGGCGGUUGGGAAUCGCGAGUGGACGGAGAGAGGAUCACAAGCGUCUUGGCGUAGUAGUAGUAGCCGGUAGUCUGGAGGGAGACAUGUGAGCAGAGGGCGCCCUGCGGUAUCUCGAUAAUUGAGG